UCAUUUUCCGUCUUGUGCUGCCGUCUACAGUCAUAAAAGACUGUUGUAAUCGCCAUUGCAUCAGGUUUGCACGUAUAUUUUUUCAAGAUGCCGCUGUUCUGUCGAUUUUAUGCACAUAAGUUUCCUGAGGUGGAAGAUGUUGUAAUGGUCAAUGUGCGGUCCAUAGCAGAAAUGGGAGCCUAUGUCCAUCUCCUAGAAUACAACAACAUUGAGGGUAUGAUACUUCUUAGUGAACUGUCUAGGAGGAGGAUCAGGUCCAUCAACAAAUUAAUCAAGAUUGGUCGCAAUGAGUGCGUCGUAGUCAUCAGGGUGGACAAAGACAAAGGUUAUAUUGAUCUUUCCAAAAGAAGAGUAUCAACAGAAGAAGUUAUGAGAUGUGAAGAAAAAUUUGCCAAAGCUAAAACAGUCAACAGCAUCUUAAGGCAUGUGGGUGAGCUUUUAUCAUAUGAAUCGGAUGAACAGCUGGAAGAGUUGUAUAAAAAGACAGCAUGGUUUUUUGAUGACAAAUAUGGAAAAACAGGUGCUUCCUACGAGGCAUUCAAACACGCUGUUACGAACCCAGAAAUCCUUGAUGAGUGUGAUAUUGAUGACCACACAAAGAAAGUUCUAGCAGCCAACAUCAAGAGAAGGCUCACGCCGCAGGCUGUCAAGAUCAGAGCAGAUCUUGAUGUCAGGUGCUAUGGCUAUGAAGGUAUUGAUGCAGUCAAAUCAGCUCUCAAUGCAGGCUUAAACCUUUCUACAGAAGACAUGCCUAUUAAAAUCAAUCUCAUAGCUCCCCCAACAUAUGUGAUGACGACCACAACACUAGAGAGAGUUGAAGGCCUGGCCAAACUCAAUGCAGCCAUGAGUAAGAUCAAGGACAGUAUAGAAGAUCAGGGAGGAUCCUUCAAAAUUAUUAUGGAUCCUAAGGUUGUAUCAGACACUGAUGAGCUGGAGCUUGCCAAGCAGCUGGAAAAACUGGAGGAAAUGAACAGAGAGGUGGAUGGUGAUGAUGACGCUGAUGACUUUGAUGAAACAAUGGGAAAAGCUGAGGAGGAGGAAGAGGAAGGAGAAAAAGGAGAAGCUGAGGAGGACUGAUGCUGAGGAAUGAGGAUGAUGAUGAGGACUUGGAUUUCACAGAGGCUGUGCACAUUUGGACAUUUUGGAGGGCAUGGAGGGGGUUGGAAAUAAAGGAAAUGUUGAUGAGGAUGCUUAUUUAAAAUUUAAAAAGGAUGACUUUCAAUGGAAUGCCCAUUGGAUAUAUCUAAGCACUCCCGACUCAUUUCAAACAGAAUCUGUUAACUGCUUGGAAAAGCAGAAAACCAAUACUGAAUCUGAAGCCCCCUGUUACAUAUUUCUAACCAUUUUAUCAGUGAAUGUGGUUUAUGUGCCGUUUGAAAUGGUACUCUUGAGUUGAAAGAAGUGAGUCUUGUAUUUAUUUGUGAGGCUUGAGGCCAUAUAUGAAAAUUAUUGUCACUUAAUGCAUUGAUAUUAAUGAAGGUAUUUUGAAUAUCUUGAAACUUAUUUUGAUGGAGUGUGUUAGUUGAGAUGCUGUUGGAGAAGCUGAAUAUGUUGCUCCAACCAGAUGAUCUACAGAGGCAACAUCAACUGAAGAAUUUUAUUCUCCCAGUGAGAGUACAAGACUAUAAUGUUAAAUUCAAAGAUAACAAUAUAAAAGAUUUUCUGAAGUUAAUAAAGGAACAAAUAUAAAUAAAUUGUAUUUGGUAUUUUUAACAGAAAUUUGAAUUUAGGAGACUUUCAAGGCUACAGAAAAGUAAAAUUUGUGCUUGCUCAGCUCCUCCUUGAUAGCAGGGUAUGACAAGUCAAACAGUGUGUUAGGGUCCACAUGGCAAUGGGUAUUAAUUAUCCUGACCCAACUUGUAAAUAAUGGAAAAUCAAACAGGCAUUUUGCAUUUGUGCAUGUUCUUCUGGAAACAAGGGGUAUAUUAAAUUUCCUUUAUCAUAUUGAAUAAUAAAGAAAAACUUUUUUUGC